AGAUAUAAUGGCGGGAAAGAUUACAUCGUUCUUUAAGCGCAUUCCUUCAGUUAAGGAUUGAUUAAUUAAAGAUCAAGAUGGCGGGAGGGGAGGGGAGAGUGAUUGGGAAUGUUAUUCUGAACCCUGAGGGUGAGAGGGUUGAGGUGGUUCAUACUCCGGCGAUUAAACGUCCUGAGAAACCUACCCUGAGACAGCGUCCUUGCCUUUACCUAACUAGUUUUGUGAAAUCUCUGCCAGUUAUCUUUAUCUCUGGUAUAGUUGGGUGGUCCUACUACGCUUACGUAAUCGCUCUUGUUCUUAAUGCCAUGAACGAUAAUGUCGCAGAACAGGUUGUGUGUGCUGUUCUGUAUCAUAUUAUUUUCAUCCUAUUCUUCUGGUCUUAUUGGAUGACAGUUUUUACCCCACCAGGACGGGUUCCAGUAAGCUGGUUUCUCUCUGCUGAAGCAAUAUCAGCUCUAGCAGCCGCUAACUCCGAGGAGCAGUGGAAGGAGAUCCUGGCCUCCUAUACCCUAAACAUGGGUUGCAACGUCAAACAGAGGAGUGUUCAGGGUGCAGUUAGAUACUGUGAGAAAUGUGAAUGUAUAAAACCAGAUAGAUCCCACCACUGCUCCGUGUGUGAGGUUUGCACCCUGAAGAUGGAUCAUCACUGCCCCUGGGUCAACAACUGUGUAGGCUUCGCUAACUAUAAAUUUUUUCUUCUCUUCCUGUGUUACGCCCUGGUGUACUGUACCUUCAUCGCCUGCUCCUCCGUCAAGUUCUUCAUCAGGUUCUGGUCUGAUGAGAAUAGUUUAGGAGCGGCUAAAUAUCAUAUCAUCUUCGUGUUCCUUGUCUCGAUACUCUUCACAAUCAGUGUAUCCUCUCUCUUCUGGUAUCAUGUUUACCUGGUUCUACGGAAUAGAACGACUCUAGAACAGUUUCGCGCUCCCGUGUUUGACGAUCAUGAGAGUGACAAGGACGGUUGGUCCCUCAAUACUCUCAGCAACAUCAGGGAGGUUUUCGGAGAGAAUCCUUUCCUUUGGUUCAUUCCGAUACAAACGCAUUUAGGGGACGGGCUCUCUUUCCCUCAUAGGCGAGCUAAAAUAUUCACCAAUUAUCAAAGCAUAGGGACCUCUAAUCCAAGCAGACCAGAGACUCCAAACCGAACCCUAGUCAAUCCGAUCCUAACUUCAGCAGGAACCUUCUCAGCUAGUCAAACUAUACAUAGCAACAGUAACAGUAUUGUCCAAAGUGGGAAAGCCUCUGUAAUGAGCGGAGUAGCGUCUCCGGAGUGUAAGACGGAGGCAGUUCUGGACAGUAAUGGUUACGUGAGGACAGUUUCUGUUCAGAGUCGGAAUGAGUUAACAGAGCUGGUUAUUCAGUAAACUCACAUUAUCCAACUAAACACGUUGAAUUCAGUUCCUAUCCAUAUUGGUGGUGAAUAUUAAUCUUCAAUUAAAGAAACUUACUCGAGUUCUUCCCAGUUCUAUCACUAACCUGGAGACUUGCGUCCGUUUAUUUCUACACAUUGUACUAAUGACCUGGAGUAAAAACUCUAUUUCAUUGCAGUUCCAUUUUGAGCUAUGUCGUAGUGCCUUCACUAACUCUUUGUAAAUUAACAUUUGUAAUUUGUACCCACUUCCCUGGUAUAUCUUUCAUCGACCCUAACCGAAUGCGGCCUAGCUUUAUUAAACUGUAUGUAUUUAAACCAUGAUCUCAUCAG